UUUAGAAAAAUGUUAACAAACGCACAAAUUGUAUCUAACCAUCAACCUGCCCCAGUUUACUCAGCACCUGUUCAACAACAACCCACCCCAGAAGUGGCAAGAUCGAAUCGAAAGCAUAGCACUGAAAGUGAAUUUUCAACAUUAUAUGUCACGUCAACCAAACCAAUCGAGGGAGAUAAAAUCAUUGAUUACUUCAAUCAAUUUGGUGAGGUGGGCGUUUCAUGGUAUUCGAUAAAUAAUCUUCAAUAUGGCCGUGUGUUCCUGGACAUGGAUGAUGAUACCAAAGUGUCAUUAUUGCGAAUGAAUCACCGCAUCGAAAAUGUUGACCUAAAGGUAACAGAAGAAGAUGUUCAUUAUCCAACCGACUAUUCAAAAGAAGUCAAACAAGAUGCACCCAUUCUCAAUAUAUUCAAUGAUAAAUGUUUUCGAGAAGUGUUUAAAUAUCUAAACGAUAAGGACCUUUGCAAUGCUGCUAACGUGUGUGUUCAUUUUAAUAAACAAGCAAAGGCAGCGUUCCCACAGGAAAAAAAAAGAUUUAUCGGUGGAGAUGCAUAUGAAUGGGGGAGAGACGAUAGUCUACUGCAUAAUUUUGGUUCAUUAAUUACAUCACUGAGCAUCGAUUCUCAAACAGGUGCUCUGAAAUCAGCCGUCCGAUUCUGCACUUCUUUGAAGCACCUUGAAAUUAGACGGAUUGGAAUCAAGGAAGAUUGGAUCAAAGAAAUGUGUCCAUUUUUUGCAAAGUUGGAAUCAAUUUCAUUCGAAGAAUGCUAUCCUUUGGAUAAUAUCAAAGAACUUAUAUCUGGUGCGUCGCAGUUAAAGCAUCUACAAAUUAGAUCACGUGCUAAAGACAUCGAAUUUCCAUCAAAAGUGUUUCGUUUAAUUGGCGAACACAUGCCAUAUUUGGAAAAAUUAGACCUUGAACUAAAGGACAUGUUUAUAAAUUCAAGCAACUAUCAAACCGAUAUUCAGUAUUUGAGCGAUUUGAAUUCUUUGAAGGUAUUGAAAAUCAAGUCUUCCCAUUCUUUCGACAUUGGCAGGUUAAUCAAAGCAUUUGUUGGGAACAAAACUCCACUCGAAAAAUUGGUGUUGAUGAAUGCAAAUAUUGACGAAGAUUGUAUUGGCAGCAUAUGUCAAAUAAAAAGUUUAAUGGAUAUUCAGUUGGAAAAUUACAAUGAAUACAAAACGGAGCACAUGCUUAAGUUAGUUGAAGAUAUGCCACAGCUGCGUUCAUUGGAAAUAUCCAAUGGGUGCCGCGACUCACAUCAAUUCAAGAAUAUCGAAUUUUUUAGAAAAAUGUUAACAAACGCACAAAUUGUAUCUAACCAGUAAAGUUUACUGAGUGAUCCUUUCAAUGUGUUACAACCCGAUUUUCGAUUUUAUGCAUUUAAUUUUGUUCAUUAUUUAUUAUUUGAGCAAUUGUUAUCCACUUGAAAUUGUAAUACAUUUGACUUUAUAUUAAAGCCAAUAGGACAUUUGAAUAUCUGAUCAUAACAACAUA